AUGUCUCCCUUCUUCUUCUCAAAUGCAAAGUACACAAGCACCAUCAUUCAUCUCCUGAUCCUAGCGCACCGGAGCUUGGCUUCGGGGCCGGUCGAUCCAACCCAAGGCUUUGUGUCUCUGCCUCUUAACCGUUCGAACUACAACAUCCAAAAGCCGUACGACGUGCCGGAGGACCAGCGAUACUCCUUCUCUGAUGGCGUCCACAAGUGCUGGGUUUACUCCACCGACAAGCCUCACACCCGCACGAGCCUGACCAAGCCUCGUACCGAGAUCGCCAUACAUGGAUAUAACUAUUCCUCGGGCGUUUGGCAAUUCGAAGGGUAUGGAUACGUCCCGGCCGGGACUUCAGGCGUGUGCGUAAUGCAAGUGUUUGGUGCGAGCCCUCACGCGACCACGUUCAUGCUGAGAGUGUACAAUGGCUCUCUCAUGUACUACAGGAGUCAGGUCCUCGUCGACGAGAUCUACAACAAGUGGUUCCGGCUGAAUGUUAUACACGACGUGGAUGGCUCGAAGGUGAAGGUUUGCAUUGAUGGGUAUCUGAAAUUAGAGGCGGAUGGUCGAGAAGGGACUUCUCAUGCCUUCAAAUGUGGUGUUUAUGCCCAAGACGACGACUCUUUCUACAUGGAGUCUCGUUGGAGAGGCAUCAAAGUUUUAAGGAAGAACCGCUGA